AUGGCUUGGCCAGAGGGAGAGCUGGCGUGCAAAUUGUAUCAAGUCGAUUAUGAGAAGUUAAUCAACUCUAUGCUUAAGCCAAGAGUGAAGGUUGGCACAGAAUGGGUGAACAAGGGUCAGAAUCUUGAGCAAGUGAACUGGGCAGUCGGAGCACUCGCAAAAGCGCUAUAUGCUAGAAUGUUCGCUUGGCUCAUCAAGAGUAACAAGCUCCUCUGCCAUCGACGUCAUCCGUGCCUGCUGAAACGGACACUCGCUAUAGACGAGGCGACGAACGCUGACGAGAAGCUGUCCGAAAUCGCUCAUGAGGAGUUACGUAGUUCCAAGCGGGUGUUGAUUGUGGCAAUGAAUUACUGA